AGCAAGACUUGCUGAUACUGAACACCAUCUGUUCUGAUUUCAUAUAAAACAGUCCACCAUAUCUUCAAAGUUUUAGUUUUCUGGAUGUCAAAAUUCUUCGUCACGAUGAGUGUUGGACAGAUAAUUUCUUAUUACAUUCUUGGUUACAUCGGUGCAUUGUAUUUACUUCCUCACGUAGACACAACAGCUCGCUUCACUCAUUUCCCUCCCAGCGUGUUGUACGUAUCUAGUGGAGGAACAGUCAGGUUUGUGUGGGACUACCAUGUGGACAACAGAGAGCAAGAGUUUAGCACUGAAUCUCCACAAUGGUCUUUCUACAACCAGAAGUAUAACACUUUUAGUACAAUCGGUGCUGAUGACAGGUUCACCAAAAACUGGAGUUUUGUCAUCAAUAGAGCAACAUGUCCACCAAGAUUACUGAACCCUGAUCGAGUAAGCAGAGAGUCCACUGCCACUCUUGUCAUUACUGAUGUGACUACUGCUGAUAACGGGAUAUAUCAAUGUAAUCUGGUGCUUAAAGCAAAGGAUCCUAUUAAACACCAAGUACAGCUAGUAGUGAGAGUAACUCCCAAGUUCCAGCCACAGCCACCACUGACAAAGAACAUAGCAGAGGGUCAAGAUUUGAGUGUGCCUUGCACUGCUUUUGGUCCACCAACACCUAACAUCACGUGGGUACAGGUAAUAGGUGACGUGACCAAGAUCAGAUGAACAGGAAAUGCUACACUGAGGAUACCAAACAUUAGAAGAGAUCAGAAUGGGACGUACGAGUGUCAGGCCAGGAACAACCCUGAUGAGAAUCCAGUCACUGCACAGACUAUGGUAGUGGUAUACUAUCUACCCGAAAUCGACACAUCAGAGUCUUCUAUGACUUUAAAGUCAUGGAAUGGCAACAGUAUUCGUCUGGGAUGUUUUACAACUGGUUUACCUGCACCACGGAUAUCAUGGUACAAACCAACAAAUCAACAGAUCACUACAGGUGUCAACAUUGUACCCGGGGGUAGUGAGAUAACAGUCCUGAAAACUACUGACCAAGGGGACUAUGGACAUUACAAGUGUCGUGCAACAAACAUCCUGGGAAGUGCUGAGCACGUCAUCAAUGUCACUCAACUGUUUCCUCCAGGUGCUGUUACAUUAACGAUAACCGAGAUUGAAGCAUCAUCAGCAAAUGUGAGAUGGACCAAACCUGCUGAUGAUGGUGGAAGUCCUGUCACUGGUUACUUACUGGAAACUGAUUCACACAUCUUUGUAAGGACAAUUGACACAUAUGCAGUACUAACAGGCUUAAAGAAGGACAGUCGGUAUAGGGUUACAGUAUAUGCUAAGAAUGAUAUUGGUUAUGGAGUGUCAUCGACCAAGAUGAUCACUACCAAGAAAACAGGUAGACCAGACAUUCCAGAACUGUUGACUUCCCUACUCAUAGAAGCCGAAUCUAAAAGAAAAGUUCUUUUAACGUGGAAAAAACCUGAUGACAAUGGGGCAACGAUAUCACGCUACACUAUCUACAUGAAAGAAGAAAAWGAACAAYCUGACUGGAAUAWKAUAGAGSAUGUCAAAGAUUCUCUWCUAKUGGAAUGCAUUGUGGGAAMGAMARUUAAAUAUGGAAAGACUGUUGGACAGAUAAUUUCUUAUUACAUUCUUGGUUACAUCGGUGCAUUGUAUUUACUUCCUCACGUAGACACAACAGCUCGCUUCACUCAUUUCCCUCCCAGCGUGUUGUACGUAUCUAGUGGAGGAACUACAGCCAGGUUUGUGUGGGACUACCAUGUGGAUGAUAGAAGACUAGAGUUUCAAUCGAACUCACCAGUAUGGUCUUAUAAGAAGGGAAGUAAUGAAAGCAGAAUCGGUAGUGAUGACAAGUACACCAACAACUGGAGUUUUGUCAUCAAUAGGGCAACAUGUCCAGCACGAUUAUUGAACCCUGAUCGAGUAAGCAGAGAGUCCAAUGCUACUCUGGUCAUUACUGAUGUCACAACUGCUGAUAGUGGGAUAUAUAAAUGUAGUCUGAUACCUAAAGCAGGAGACCCUAUUGACCAUCAAGUACAAUUAGUUGUGACAGUAACUCCCACGUUCCAGCCACAGCCACCACAAACAAAGAAUAUAGCAGAGGGUCAAGAUUUGAGUGUGCCUUGCACUGCUGUUGGUCCACCAAUACCUAACAUCACGUGGGUGCAGAUAGCAGGUCACGUGACCAAGAGUACAGGAACAGGGAGUGCUACACUGAGGAUACCAAACAUUAGAAGAGAUCAGAAUAGGACGUAUGAGUGUCAGGCCAAGAACAACCCUAAUGAGAAUCCAGUCACUGCACAGACUAUGGUAGUGGUAUACUAUCUACCUGAAAUCGACACAUCAGAGUCUUCUAUGACUUUAAAUUCAUGGAAUGGUAACAGUAUUCGACUCAGAUGUUUAGCAACUGGUUUACCUGCACCACGGAUAUCAUGGUACAAACCAACAAAUCAACAGAUCACUUCAGGUGUCAACAUUGUGCUCGAGGGUAGUGAGGUAACAGUACUGACAACWGCURACCAAGGGGACUAUGGACAGUACAMGUGUCGWGCAACAAACAUCCUGGGAAGUGAUGAACACGUCAUCAAUGUUACUCAACUGUAUGGAAAACACCUGCUGAUGUUGGUGGACUCGCUGUCACUGGUUACUUACUGGAAGUCAGUACCAAACCCCCAGUGAUCAUAAUGAAUACCCAUUCUGUUAUAACAAGACUGAAGGCAAACACACUCUACACUGUCAAGGUCUGUGCUAGGAAUAUUGUUGGGUAUGGAGUGGUGUCUUCAAAAGUUAUCAAGACAAAGAGAAUCGGCAAGCCUUCAAUUCCUCACCUGAUAUCAACUAUUCUCAAUGGCAAAUACUCUAAGCUCUCCGUCGUCUUGAGGUGGACAAAACCAGAUGACAAUGGUGGUAACAUAACGCGCUAUACCAUCUAUAUCAAGGAAGUGAAAC